UUUGUCCACCAAACUUUUAACGUUGUGCGUGAAUGCACAAAGGACUUAUCGUCGGUGUGGUGAGGAGAGCCUUGCCCCGAGAGGAUAGAUUCGCACCUGGGGAGGAUGGAUGCAAUGGAGCACGUGUGAUGGAGGAAAAUAAAAGUGGUCCAUGAAGAAUGGACAGGUGCCAAAGGUAGAAGGUGAGGCGCGGUGCUCCAAGUACCUCUGCUGGUCAGCAUCAUGACGUCAGAAGCUCUCUCUUCUCGUCGGUGCAGCUCGCUCUGGAACUGGUCCGGACUGCUGUGGCCGUGGGUGCUGCUGGUGGGUCACCUUUCGGGCACGGGGGCCCAACAGGGCGUGCAGCCCCAGUCCAUCAAAAUCGAGGGCGACAUCACCCUAGGAGGGCUGUUCCCGCUACAUUCCCGGGGGCCAGUAGGAGUCGCCUGCGGGGACAUCAAAAGGGAAAAGGGAAUCCAUCGACUGGAGGCCAUGCUGUACGCCAUGGAUCAGAUUAACGGUGAUCCUGACCUGCUGCCCAAUAUCACGCUGGGGGCCCGAAUACUGGACACUUGCUCCAGAGAUACCUACGCCUUGGAGCAGUCGCUGACUUUUGUCCAAGCCCUGAUCCAAAAGGACAACUCGGAUGUGCGCUGCUCUAACGGAGAGCCACCAAUUAUCCCCAAGCCAGAGAGGGUGGUUGGUGUGAUUGGGGCCUCCAGCAGCUCGGUAUCCAUCAUGGUGGCCAACGUGCUCAGGCUGUUUGCGAUCCCCCAGAUCAGCUAUGCCUCCACCGCCCCGGAGCUGAGCGACAAUAGCCGAUAUGAGUUCUUCUCCCGUGUUGUGCCUCCGGACUCCUACCAGGCCCAAGCCAUGGUGGACAUCGUGAAAGCCAUGGGCUGGAACUACGUCUCCACCAUAGCCUCAGAAGGGAACUACGGAGAGAGUGGUGUCGACGCUUUCCUGCAGAUAUCCAGAGAAGCAGGAGGGCUUUGUAUUGCUCAGUCCAUAAGAAUUCCCAGAGAGCCCAGACCUGGGGAGUUUGAAAAGGUCAUCAAGAGACUGAUGGAGACAUCGAACGCUCGGGGGGUUAUCAUCUUUGCCAGUGAGGACGACAUCAAGCGAGUUUUGCAAGCUGCCAAAACGGCCAAUCUGACUGGCCACUUCCUGUUUGUUGGCUCGGACAGCUGGGGGGCCAAGAGCUCCCCCAUCCAAGACCAGGAGGAAGUCGCCGAGGGUGCCGUCACUAUCUUGCCGAAAAGAGCCUCCAUUGACGGCUUCGACCAGUACUUCACAUCAAGAUCUCUGGAAAACAACAGAAGGAACAUCUGGUUUGCUGAAUUUUGGGAGGACGACUUCAAGUGUAAGCUCACUCGGCCUGGCGUUAAAUACGAUGCCGGUAGAAGAAAAUGUACAGGUGAGGAAAGAAUAAGCCGAGAUUCUCUGUACGAACAAGAAGGGAAGGUGCAGUUUGUGAUAGAUGCGGUGUACGCCAUGGCUCACGCCUUACACAGCAUGCACCUCGACCUGUGUCCCGGCUCCAUGGGGGUUUGUGAAAAGAUGGACCCGGUGGAGGGACGGAUGCUCCUCCAAUACAUACGCUCUGUCAGUUUCAACGGAAGUGCAGGAACUGGUGUGAUGUUCAAUGAGAACGGAGACGCUCCUGGACGUUACGACAUCUUCCAGUACCAGCUUUCCAACGUCAGCUACCCUGGCUAUAAGGUUAUCGGCCAAUGGACAAACCACCUGCGGCUCAAUCCAGAGGAGAUGCAGUGGUCAGGCGGUGAGCGCAGGAUCCCAGAGUCCGUAUGCAGCUUCCCCUGCGAGUCUGGUGAGAGGAAAAAGAUGGUGAAGGGUGUUCCCUGCUGCUGGCACUGUGAGCUCUGUGACGGCUACCAGUAUCUGCUGGACGAGUUCAGCUGUGACAUGUGCCCCUUCGAUAUGAGACCCUCUAAGAACCGUACAGGAUGCCGGCCCACACCCAUCAUCAAGCUGGAGUGGAGCUCUCCCUGGGCCAUAAUCCCCGUCUUCCUGGCAAUCCUUGGCAUCCUGGCCACCACGGGGGUCAUUGGCACAUUCGUCCGCUUCAAUGACACACCCAUUGUUCGAGCCUCGGGCAGAGAGCUCAGCUACGUGCUGCUGACGGGCAUCUUCCUCAUCUACCUCAUUACCUUCCUUAUGAUUGCCGAGCCCAGCGUGGCCGUGUGCGCCUUCCGCAGGUUGCUUCUUGGGCUCGGCAUGUGCAUCAGCUACGCCGCCAUGCUGACCAAAACCAACCGGAUUUAUCGCAUCUUUGAGCAAGGCAAAAAGUCGGUCACUCCCCCCAAGUUCAUCAGUCCUACUUCUCAACUUAUUAUCACCUUCAUACUCAUCUCAGUGCAGGUACUCGGUGUGUUCAUUUGGUUUGGUGUGAUGCCGCCUCAUACCAUCAUCGACUACGAAGAGCAGAAGCCUCCGAAUCCUGAGUUUGCCCGGGGGGUUCUCAAGUGUGACAUGUCCGACCUGUCCCUCAUCCUGUGUUUGAGCUACAGUCUGGUCUUGAUGAUCACCUGCACGGUGUACGCCAUCAAAAGCAGGGGAGUUCCUGAGACCUUCAAUGAGGCCAAGCCCAUUGGCUUCACCAUGUACACCACAUGCAUCGUCUGGCUGGCCUUUGUACCCAUCUUCUUUGGCACGGCACAAUCUACUGAGAAGAUGUUCAUCCAGACCACCACCCUGACAGUGUCCAUGAGUCUAAGCGCAACUGUCUCCCUGGGCAUGCUCUACAUCCCCAAAGUCUACGUCAUCAUCUUCCACCCGGAGCAGAACGUGCAGAAGCGAAAGCGUAGCUUCAAAGCCGUGGUGCAGGCAGCCACCGUGUCCACGCACCUCUCCCAGAAAUCUAACGACAAACAGAACGGCGAGUCCAAGAUAGAACCGGACAGAUCGCAGUGAAGGAGGUCUGUAUAUAUUUUUCAUCGAUCAUCACAUGGGCUCUUAUAGACAUGAAAAAAAAAAGCAUUUAUCUUGGGCGAUUUUUUUCCCCCCCACUUUUUUUGAAUAUGACACUAUGAAAGAUGUUCCUGGAUUUUUUUUUCUUUUUCACUACUAUUUAACUCUUGAACAAUGCACAAAAGGAACCUUGAAAGUGAACAACGUUUUAGUUCAAUCCCAGAAGGACUGAUGAUGGCUGAGUGAACCUAAAAUAACACUGCAAACAUUGUUUGUUUUUUUGAUAUCAUGCCAAUCUUAUACGCACUCCGACUUGUCAAGGACAGGUUAGUUGUUAUUUUCCCUGGGGAAAAAUAAGCGCUGUGGUGACCUGUGACCCACGGUGCAAUAUAGGGUUAAAGAGACUUAUUUACUCUCAAAGCACUGCAUGGAUUUCGUGUUGUGAUUAUUAUGAUAUAUUAGAUAUGGAAGGGUUGGGUUCAGAACUUUUGCUUGCACUGGAUGUCGUUUUUAAAAAGCACUACGCUCUUUACUAAAGAUUUUAAAAGGAGCAUUCACUAUUUCAUGUAAAAAAUAUUUUUUUGCCUGUCUGCGUAAAAUGUGCAAUGUUUACUAUCACCUCACUGUAAAACAAUGGCAGCUUCAGUCUAUCAUCCACACUUUGUCCAGUGAUGUGCGGUGAGGUUCAUGGUUGGACUCUUUUCAAUUGUCUUAAAAUUGUUGUGCUCUAAUCAGUACACGUUGCUCAUUUUGAGAAAAAUAAGAAGAAAAGACAAUAAUUAUUUGAGGUAAAAAUGCUCUUCUUAAUCCUAUUUUUUUUUAAAAAUGGUAUUGAUAAAACCAAACCAGAGGUGAGUAGAUUAGCCAUAAAUUGCAUUUAAGUAAGAGUACUUCAGAGCAGUGUUUCUGGAGAGAGUUUUCUCUAGAGAUGUCCGAUAAUAUCGGACUGCCGAUAUUAUCGGCCGAUAAAUGUUUUAAAAUGUAAUAUCGGAAAUUAUCGGUAUCGGUUUCAAAAAGUAAAAUGUAUGACUUUUUAAAACGCCGCUGUGUACACGGACGUAGGGAGAAGUACAGAGCGCCAAUAAACCUUAAAGGCUCUGCCUUUGCGUGCUGGCCCAAUCACAUAAUAUCUACGGCUUUUCACACACACAAGUGAAUGCAAGGCAUACUUGGUCAACAGCCAUGCAGGUCACACUGAGGGUGGCCGUAUUAACAACUUUAGCACUGUUACAAAUAUGCGCCACACUGUGAACCCACACCAAACAAGAAUGACAAACACAUUUCGGGAGAACAUCCGCACCGUAACACAACAUAAACACAACAGAACAAAUACCCAGAACCCCUUGCAGCACUAACUCUUCCGGGACGCUACAAUAUACACCCCCCCGCCCCACAACCUCCUCAUGCUCUCUCAGGGAGAGCAUGUCCCAAAUUCCAAGCUGCUGUUUUGAGGCAUGUUAAAAAAAAUUAAAGCUGCAAGGAGCGAUGGACGGGACCGACUUUGAGGGCUCAUAACAUCCAAACCUGAGCAGUAAUUAAAAGUCUUUCAUCAACUUUUAAUCAGAAGGGUUCAAUCUCUCUCCUGUGCCAAUUUGAAGCAGACACGACAAAUGCGCUCAGAGGAGAUAAUGUUUGAAAAAAGGUGACUGUUUUUACACAACUUUUGUUUUGAAGGGGGAAUUGCAAACUUCCUGUUGAUUUUUGCUGGGGGUUGUCAGUGUAUGAAAUAUAGGUCUAAGUGAGACCUACAUAGAGGUUUUUGUUUCAUGUCUCUACGACAUUCCUACUGGGAGUUAGAGGCAGUUUUGUCUGUUUUCUUCCUAGGGGGCGCUAGAGCGCAAUUUGGAGUUUUGGGGUUUGGUUUUUUGAUUAAAUCGCAAUUUUUUCCAGUCCUGAUGUGUUUAUCCAAUUUGGUGAGUUUUGAAGCAUGUUAAGGAGGUCAAAUUACAGCUCAAAGAGGCGGCGGUAUAAUAAUAAAACGCUAGAAAUUCAAUAGGGUCCUCUGUCCCAAAGGGACUCGGUCCCUGCACUUUGUGACUUCAAUAAUAAAUAUGGCAGUGCCAUGUUGGCAUUUUUUUCCAUAACUUGAGUUGAUUUAUUUUGGAAAAUGUUGUUACAUUGUUUACACAACAAAAUUAGGCAUAAAUAAUGUGUUAAUUCCACGACUGUAUAUAUCGGUAUCGGAUGAUAUCGGAAUCGGUAAUUAAGAGUUGGACAAUAUUGGAAUAUUGGAUAUCGGCAAAAAAGCCAUUAUCGGACAUCUCUAGUUUUCUCAGCUGUCUUCCUUAUGGGCCGCAGUGGUACUCAAUUGUAAUACACUUUUCCACAACUGGUGGCAGUAGUGACAAUAUCAAACAAACAGAAAAAGUCUUGAGCUAAACUUUCUUAAGUGCAAAAAGUAUGACUAAAGUGGGGAAGCUGUCCAUCCAUUAUUUCCAUUUGCACUUACAUUUCAUUGACAGUAUAUUUAACAAACAUAACAUAUUAUUAUUUAUAAUUUUAGAUAA